CUUUUUUGUGAAUAUGUUUUAAAUUCGCCAGAGAUAUUAAAAAACCUCUGUCUCAAAUGCGUAUAAGUCUUGCUCUGGCCCUCGGGACUGGACAAAUUGUAUUUCUCGCUGGAAUAAAGGCCUCAGAAAGCAUGGCUUUGUGUGCCACAAUGGCAGUCCUGAUGCAGUAUUUCAUGAUGGCCGCUUUCUGUUGGAUGCUGGCUGAGGGAAUUUACCUCUACCUGCUUGUUGUGAAAGUUUACAACAUCAGGGUCAAGAUGCAUAUGUAUCACGUCAUCUCAUGGGGUCUGCCAUUGGUUGUGGUGGCCAUUUCACUGAGCAUCGCCGCUUGGAAAGAUGGGAUAGAGAGCUAUACCAGUGAUGAAUAUUGUUGGAUGUCCUCAUCUAACGGUUUGAUCUGGAUGUUUGUCACAUUUGUUGGCACAAUCGCAGUUAGCAACAUUUUGAUACUCACACGGGUGAUAAGGGAGAUGACCUCAAUGCAGUCAACGGGAGACAAGCAAAGCCGGAAAAUACGUUUGUUGUCGUCCCUAAGACUUGGAAUUAAAGCAAGCGUGGUGAUGGUUCCCCUUCUGGGUGUCACAUGGUUAUUUGGUCUUCUGUCGCCCUUACACAAAGCUUUCACCUACACUUUUACCAUUCUCAACUCUACUCAGGGUUUUCUAAUUUUUCUCCUGCACUGUGUGCGAGACAGCCAGAUUAGAGAGCGAUUCAAAAGAAAAGUGAACACUUUUUUCCAAUCUGCAAGCAAUCAUGGAAAAUCCACAAGGAAGAAGUCGCAGGUUAAUCUAAUUUAUGUGCGGGCAGUUGAACUGCAUUCAUAUAACUAAUUUGAGUCGAGACACUCGGCUUAAGUAGCUGCAUCUCAUAGGCUGCGGAUUUAUUGAAAGUAGAUGGCUCGGUUGUAUCAUUCAGGACUAAGUAGUUUGUCAGUAGUAAUUGAACACCUAUGAUAUGUCGGUAAAGUUAGGCAGUCGCAUCGUUGGGUGAAUAAACUAAGUCGUGUAAAAGGUGUCAGUAACGGCUGAUAUUUAAUACAAGAAGUGAAAUUCAAAGAAAGCAGGGCAGCUUUCCAAAGACUAGCAUUUCGAAUUUUUUAAACUUUUUCGCGAUUGCAAACUUUUCUUUACAUUAAAAGUAAAUAGCUUUAAGACAAUUGAACGUAUUUGAGAUAAUAUUUUCUACUUGAAAACCAAACUUUUUGAGAAAAAAAGGUGUCUUUUAGGUAGCUGAAUUACGACCUGGGCAUAAUAUUUGAAGGUAAUCAGUCCUUCACACAAUUGUUUCGGUGUUUUGUUUAUAAUUGGCUUCGAAGAAUACUUAGAAAGUUAAGAAACCUAUCAUGCAAUCAUAAAGACAUUUGUAAAUAGUUUUAAACGCAAUUUGAUGCAUUUUAUAUAAAGACGUCAUCUUACUUCUACAUUUUGAGUAUACAUAAAGCAACAUAACAAUAUUUGUCAACUAGCAACUACUAUCCUGCUUUUGUAAUUGUAACAGUUUAGCAAAUGGUAAUAAAUAAAUGGAUAAAUAAACGGA